AUGUCUCAAACCACCCCUGUUGACCAACAACCCCCUCAGUUUCCUCCUUAUCUCACCGAACCACCAGUAGUCACCGAAGCCCAAUGGACACACCGACUAGCCCUUACUUGCGAACAGACCAACAUUGUAGAUGCCACCGAACAGAUGUCAGAUAGGCGCGCAUACUUUUAUCUAUUCCAUCAGUCUAACAUCAAUUGCCCUUACGCUACCUAUCCUCUGGACAUGUUCCAUCGCUGGCAACAAUCAUUCCUAAUUGCCGAUGAACUACACGCAGUCACUGUCUCACUGGCUUCGUUAGUAGACGAGCUUACACGGGACAACAAUUCCGCAUUGAGUAUUGGAGCGACUUUGCUCAUGGAACACUUGCAGAUAGAAUCCCUGGAACAACGCUUGAGGAAGAACUGCGAGAAUGGAGAGAAAGAAGCGGUCAAGGCUUUCCUACAAUUAGGGGGCCAGAAGGUGUGUGAAGACGUGAGGAACCUUCUUGCCCAACGAGGAUACCUCACCUCCCCUCCCCCAGAUUUGUUAUCCCUACCAGGUCUCACGGGACACACAUUUCCAGGAUGUCACCCCCCUCACUCUCCACCACCGCCUCCACCAGCAUCUCGCCCAUCAUCACCAGAUCUUGUUCUACCCGUGCCCGCUCCAUUAUCCCCAAUACAUUCCUCUACAACCGACUCAAUAGCCCCCGUUCCCAACAUAGUUGACGCAUUGCAGGACACAUUGAUUCCUACGCGACCAACGACACCCCUUCCCCAACUUCCCCAACCGCAUUGCCCCCGCCGCCUACACCAACAGCGCCCCAAGCCGGUACUCCUUAUCCCUUCGGGCUGCACUCCCCAAGUACCGCACACAGGCCAGGGGAAGACCCUGAUAUCAACCAGCGACAAAUCUCCGGAUGGAAGGUUGUUGAGGAGCAAUGAAGGGGACACUUUAUCCACCGGGAGUAAAGGCAAAAAGCCCUCGCCCAUAUCAGACUAUUCCAAUUCCACUCACUCACAAUCCUCUUUGGAACGAAGACACCGCCCUCGUGUUUGA